UCCAGCUGGCUCUCAUCCUCAAGAGGAGCACGCAGACAUCAGCACCUCACUGAGCCAGGACCACCGUCCAACAUGGAGAGAAGUAGGCGGCUGUGGCUGUAUGUGCUGACCUGUGCCCUGAUUCUGCUCAUUGGCCUGGAGACGCUGGCAGAGUCCUACCCGUCCAAGCCCGAUAGCCCCCGGCAGGAUGCGCCAGCAGAGGACUUGGCCAGAUACUACUCAGCUCUUCGGCACUAUAUUAAUCUCAUCACCCGACAGAGAUAUGGAAAGCGAUCCAGCCCAGAGACCCUGAUCUCAGAUCUUUUGUUGAGAGAAAGCACAGAAAACCUUCCCAGAUCCAGGUUCGAGGAUCCUUGGUGAUGGGAUUACAACUCGUCUUCAGUUUUCUCCUACUUUCCCCAUAUUCCAGGCUAUAAAGCCUGGUCUUCCUGGGUCUGCCAACCUUGCCAAUGCAUGCUGCCCUCCCCACACCCCUCAAAUUUG